GCUGGGCUGCACUUGCGUUGCACCAAAGCGGAGCGCGGCCGCGACGGGGCGGGCGGUCUCGCGGGCGCUCAGAACUGGCCUCGGGUCCUCAGCGCCUGGCGCUCCAAACCCCAUCUUGACCCCAAUCCGGCCUGGGACCCAGACUCCGACCCGGCCAGGCCCGGUCCCCGCCCCCGCCCCCCGGGCCGAUGGACUACUCCUACCUCAAUUCGUACGACUCGUGCGUGGCGGCCAUGGAGGCGUCCGCCUACGGCGACUUCGGCGCCUGCAGCCAGCCCGGCGGCUUCCAGUACAGUCCCCUGCGACCCGCCUUCCCCGCGGCCGGGCCUCCCUGCCCCGCGCUCGGCUCCUCCAACUGCGCGCUUGGCGCUCUACGGGACCAUCAGCCUGCGCCCUACUCGGCAGUGCCCUACAAGUUCUUCCCGGAGCCGUCGGGCCUGCACGAGAAGCGCAAGCAGCGGCGCAUCCGCACCACGUUCACCAGCGCGCAGCUGAAGGAGCUGGAACGCGUCUUCGCCGAGACUCACUACCCCGACAUUUACACGCGCGAGGAGCUGGCCCUCAAGAUCGACCUCACGGAGGCUCGCGUGCAGGUCUGGUUCCAGAACCGCCGGGCCAAGUUCCGCAAACAGGAGCGUGCGGCCAGCGCCAAGGGUGCGGCAGGCGCGGCGGGAGCCAAAAAGGGUGAAGCGCGCUGCUCGUCCGAGGACGACGACUCCAAGGAGUCCACGUGCAGCCCCACGCCCGACAGCACCGCGUCGCUGCCGCCGCCGCCCGCGCCCGGCCUGGCCAGCCCGCGCCUGAGCCCCAGCCCGCUGCCCGCCGCCCUGGGCUCCGGGCCCGGACCUGGGCCGGGGCCACAGCAGCUCAAGGGCCCGUUGUGGGCCGGCGUGGCGGGCGGUGGGGGCGGCGGGCCAGGCGCGGGCGCGGCGGAGCUGCUCAAGGCCUGGCAGCCGGCGGAACCCGGGCCCGGGCCCUUCUCGGGGGUUCUGUCCUCCUUCCACCGGAAGCCCGGCCCCGCUCUGAAGACCAAUCUCUUCUAGCCGCUGGCCUCCAGAGGCUCCGGGCCUGCCUACCCCUGCCCCUCCAGGGCCUCACAGCCCCUUCCCAUCCCAGGUCUGCCUGUUGGCCCCACUCCCACUAUGUCUGACCCCUCCGUGUGCCCUCCCCAGCUUCGGAGACCAAGUCAGGGCUCCUCUCGUCUUCACCCACCCCAAUU